UUUUCCUAUUAUGGAUCUGCAGUCGAUUGUUGUUAUUCUUGGUUAUCUUUGGUUGCCCGAGAUAAAGGCUAAGAUUGAAAGUGAAUUGUCUCGUCACCGGAUAGAGAAGAAACUUGUGCUGGAUGUUCUCUCGGAAUAUCGUGACAACAUUGGCAACGCCGGUGUUACGAAGACGGUGAUCGAGAAAUGCAUAGCUCGCCUUGAGGAAAAUUAUGACCAGAGUAUGGAGCUGGAUGCACAGGAAAAUUCUGGCCAGAGGAUGGAGCUGGGUGUACCGGAAAAGCCUGAUCAGGAGUUGGAGAUGGAGAUGGAGGCAAGUAGCAAGCGGAAACGAGUGCACAACCUUCGAUAGUUAAAGUUUAUUUGAGGUUAAAACCUUUGUUUGGAGUUAGUAUUGAAUAUACUGGAUAAUUGCUUUUUUUUUCUUUCAUCACAUGUAUGAUAGGAAUAUCAUGAAAAUAUUGGUGAUUGGAUGACCCUGAAGAAAGUGAACAAU